AAAAAGGGGCACAAUCGGCCGUCAAAGUGUUCUCUUUUGGCCGCCAACCUCCCCCGCUUCGUUUACGCUGUCCAAAGCCGCCUCCUCCAUUCUCAUUUCCACCAUUCUUCCUCCUCUCAUUUUCUCUCUCCUCCCCUGCAUAAUUCCGCCCAUUUUCUGGCCCCACCACUACACUAAUUUUACCAAAGAAUUGAAAUCCGAUUCCAAAAUCCCAUAUAAAAAUUCCCCAAAAAAUGAGCACACAGCACAAUGUCCAGUUGCUGCGCUGUGUGAUUCGCACUUUUUAGCAGAGUGAACUCCACACAAUAAUAAAAACCCACCAAAUUUUUCAAUUAAAUUAAUAUUCUUUGAAGGAAUUGAGUUAUCAUCUUUUCUUUCUCUCUUUUUUUCUCUCUCUUUCAUCACAUCUUCCGAUCCAAUAGAGGGAUUUUAGUGGUGAUAAGUUAGUCCUAAUGUUGGAAGGUAUUUCUCCUUCCUCAAGGGACUUGCCCAAUGCUUGUGGGCAAGAAAGGAAUUGGAUGUUUGAUGGAUUUAGUUUAAUGGAGACCUCGAAUUAUAAGCGUAAAUCUGAAUAUGGAGAUGAUAAUAAACUUGGUAACUCAAUCAAGUUGUUAAAAAUCAAUAAGGCAGGGGAUAUGGAAAUUGAUUUUUUAAACCUUUCACUUUCCCUGGUUGUAGAUCCAUCUGAUAGCAUCGACAAUGGUAGGGAAAUGUCUGAUACUAGCUCCCUUAUCCACCAAAUUGGAAGGGACAACUCUAUAGAUUGUGUUGCUAGGUGCUCUAGGUCUGACUAUGGGUCUAUUGCUUUGGUGAAUCGCAACUUUCGUUCUUUGAUUGAGGGAAAAGAGCUUUACAAGUUAAGGCGGCAAAUGGGUAUUGUUGAGCAUUGGAUUUACUUCUCUUGCAGCCUGCUUGAGUGGGAGGUAUUUGAUCCCAUUCGGCUUAGAUGGAAGCAUUUGCCUAUAAUGCCUUCUAAUGACUGUUUCAGGCAUUCAGACAAGGAAUCAUUGGCUGUUGGAACUGAACUAUUGCUCUUUGGAAAGGGUAUAACGUCUCAUCUCAUUUACAAAUAUAGUCUUUUGACGAAUACAUGGUCUACCGGUAUGGAGAUGAACACACCAAGGUGUUUAUUUGGUUCUGCUUCACUUGGAGAAAUUGCCAUUGUUGCUGGUGGUUGUGAUUUCUGGGGGAAUGUGUUUUCCUUAGCCGAGCUUUACAAUUCAGAUACUGGAAUGUGGACGACUCUCCCUAGCAUGAACAAAGCUAGGAAGAAAUGCUCUGCUGUUUUUAUGGAUGGGAAAUUCUAUGUGAUUGGGGGAAUCGGGGUUGACAAUUCGAAUCCUUUGACUUGUGGGGAGGUUUUUGAUUUGGAGAGAUUGACUUGGACCGAGAUACCGGAUAUGUUUCCUUUGAGGAUUGUUGAGCCAGGUGCCCCUGGGGCGUCUGCUAUGUCAGAGGCACCCCCGCUUGUCACAGUGGUGAAUAACGAGCUUUAUACAGCUGACUAUGCAAGGAAGGAAAUCAGAAAGUAUAACAAAAGCUCAAACUCAUGGGCUACGGUGGGAAGUUUGCCCGAGAGGGUAGUCUCGAUGCACGGGUGGGGUCUAGCUUUCCGAGGCUGUGGUGAUAAGCUAAUUGUUGUAGGCGGGCCUAGGGGUUUGGAAGGAGGCUACAUCGAGGUGAAUUCUUGGGCUCCCUCUGAAAGCCCGCAACAGUGGACCGUGCUUGGUAGAAAGCCCGGUGGGUUUGUGUACAAUUGUACCAUAAUGGGGUGCUAAUAAGAUUAUAGGAUUGCACCACAUUGGUGCUCUAUGAUUAUUGAUUAAGAUUGCCAAAAUGCGGAAUACCUUUGUUGGGUGGUGGUCUAUGACUCGCUUUGAAGGUUUUCUUUUGGUAUGAAAGUUCAUGCCGUUAUGCAUUGAGUUUCAUUCUGUACCAAUGAUCUGCAUAUUCUUCUUUCAGCAUCUUUGGAGAGUAUGUUGAGCAUCAGUCUCGUGCUGAACAAACACGGAUCAAUAACUCGAUGGAGUGAGCCAUUUUAGUCUGAAUCAAUUUAAUGUAGAAAGUUUUCAUUCUGGAUUUGAGGGGUUCGUUUCACUUUCCUUUUUUAUUCCUCAACAUCUGACUGUUUAAUACUUCCGUUUUUAUAAAAGCUAUAGCUUCAGUUUAACUUCA